AUGUCUUCGUCUGGUCAUCACUCAAAUUCGAGUCGUGAUACAGCACAACCUUCAGGUUCUUCAUCAAUAGGAGGAGCUGGUACUACUGAUCAAUCAAGUAGUAUAGGUGGAUUAGCUGGUCAUGGAUAUGGUGGAUCAACUGAUACUGGCACUUUAAACAAGGCUGGUCAAGGUGCAAUGAACACUGGUAAUAGUUUAAAUAAUGACAUAGGAGGAUCAUCUGACCAAGGUGGUAGUUCCGGUAGUAGUCAUCAAUGUCAAUGA